AUUUUCUUUUGACCAAUGGCUUUUUCCGGGCAAAAGAAAAUGAUUAUAACAAUGGCUGCCUCUUUCCCUUUGCUUAUAAACUCCAUCUUCUUCCCUUUCCUUCUGGCCCCUCUUCUCCUCUCCGCUCCUCCCCAGUCCCCACUGUAUUCAUAGCUCUCAGACAACACCCGCACCACACCACACACACUCUAAUUUCGACAAAAAAGGAUUGGAUUUUGUUUCGUAGAUUCGUAUUGCCUACCUGCAAUCGAAGAAGAUACAGCUUCAGCUUUCAGGGCGAUAUUAUGUGUCCGUACAGUGAUUUCGAGGGUUUGAUAGAGGGCUUUUGUGCUGGAUUAUUUGGUGUCGAUUUCUGCCUGUCAGGGUUAGGGUUUGGUUUGAUUUGUGAGUGCGGGGAUUGGACUUUUGCGUGAUUGAUUAUUUUUGUAGUGGAAAAUGGGGUUUACAAGUUUCUGGCUGUGGGUUCAGUUCGAUGUUUGCUUGUUCCGGUGACUGUAUUUGGAGGUGGGAGUGGUAGCCAUUGGAGGAGUAGGGAGUGAAGGAUGGCUGAUGUUAGGCAACAGCUGCAGCAGAAACCGGAGAGUCCCAGUAGCCCUACUCGAUCCGAAUUCGAGAGGGAGCUAGAGGAACUGAUGAGGGAGCAUUAUGAAGAUUAUAUGUCAUUUGCUUCGUGUAGUUCACCUCGAACAAGUAUGACUGAGGACGAGGAGGGUGAAGGGGAGCAGCUUGUCCGGAGGAGGAGGAGGUCGGAGCUCGGAGGAGAUGAUCUGGCGGAGUCUUCCGCAGCCAGGAGACGCCACUCGAGGAUUUUGAGUGGGUGGGCUGCGCGUCAGGCGCAGGAGAUGAUCACCACGAUUGAGAGGAGGAAUCGCGAGGCAGAGUUGAUGGCACUCGCAGGCUUGCACACGGUGUCGAUGCUUGAUUCGUCGUUCUUGAGGGAGUCACAAUCCCCGACUUCGAGACGCCAGGGAAAUGUGGAGAGGCUGAGCACCCGAGCGUCGUCUAUUUUGCAGAUGUGGCGGGAAUUGGAAGACGAGCACGCACUGAAUCGUGCGCGGGAGAGAGUGAGAGAUAGAUUGAGGCAGCAGAUAAGUGUGGAUUCUAAUACAAAUGCAUCGACAAACAUGUUGGAAGGCCGGGAGGGUGAGAAUAGUCGUAGUCUUGGCGAUGCUAGUGAGAGUGAGAAUGAGAACGAUUACGCUACUUGGUCCCAUGAUCGGGGUGAACCACAGAAUGAGAAUCGAGAGCACAGAAACUCCAGUCGCGAUCAAUCACCUGAUAUUGGAGAAAUUGAGAGGGAAAGGGUAAGCCAGAUUGUUCGUGGGUGGAUGGAAAGUGGAAUUAGCGAUACUUCCUCUAAUGUCAUGCAGAGGAAUGAUAGUCCGAGAGCUGAAUGGCUUGGGGAAACCGAGCGUGAGAGGGUAAGAAUUGUGAGGGAAUGGAUGCAAAUGACAAGUCAGCAGAGAGGGCCUCGUGGUGGGCGCAGAGAAGGGCGGGAUAAUGAGCCUACAGGCCAAGUCGAUCUUGCUCAUGAAGGUUCUGCUGCUGAUCACGAUGAAGGUCAGCCGGAGCAUAUACGCAGGGACAUGUUGAGGUUGCGAGGACGACAAGCGCUGCUUGAUUUGCUUGUAAGGGUUGAAAGGGAAAGGCAACGUGAACUCCAGGGAUUACUGGAACAUCGCGCUGUUUCUGAUUUUGCUCACCGCAAUCGUAUUCAGUCACUACUUAGAGGGAGAUUUUUAAGAAAUGAGAGACCCGUUGAGGAAGAGAGACCUCCUUCAAUGGCAGCGAGUGAGCUAAACCAACUAAGGCAGCGACACACCGUCUCUGGUCUAAGGGAAGGAUUUCGCUCCAGACUGGAAAACAUUUUUCGUGGUCAAGUGAGCAGCCAUUCUGAGACCUCAUCUAACAGCGGCAGCGACGAUUCUAGAAAUGAUCCUAGCGAUUCGAAUGCUUCCCAUGAGGUGCAACAUGAGAAUCAGGACACUGGGGUCCAAUUGCCCGAUCGGAUGGGGAUUACAGGUGGCUUUGCAGCUGUUCAAAGAGAAAAUCAAGACAACAUAUCUGAUCAAGGAAGCCAUUGGCAGGGCCAAGUUACUCAAGUUGAGAGUGCAAACCGACAACAAUCAACAAAUAAUGACUCUGAUGGACGGAGACACGCUACACCAGACAGCACCAAUCAGAAUCUGCAGGAAGAUGCUGUGUUUGUCUGGACCUCAGAAGCGGUGAUGUCUGAAAAUAGAGUGCAACGAAGUUUGCAGCAAGCUCAUGAGGUUUUGCAAGACGAUGGCUCUCAGGAAGCUGUGGCUAAUUGGCCAGAGGGACCUUCAGAUCCUCCAAGAAUGCGGCGAUCAGUACCUCAUCGAAGAGUUUCCAGGUUCCACCCACCCGAUGACGACAAUGUUUACAGUAUGGAGCUCAGGGAGCUAGUGAGCAGGAGGAGUGUAUCUAAUCUUCUUCGCAGUGGUUUCCGUGAGAGCCUAGAUCAAUUGAUUCAAUCAUAUGUCGACAGGCGAGGGAGGGCUCCUAUGGAUUGGGAUCUCCACAGGAACUUGCCACUUCCACCGUCGUCUGAAAUGGAUCAGGACCAGCAAAAUGAACAGCAGAAUGAGGAUCAGCGCAAUGCUACCGGUGGGCCUUCGCUUGUGCUACCUGCACCUCCGGUGCCUCCGCCACAACCCCUCUGGCAUCAGGAUUUGCACCACUCUGGAUGGCCUCGUCCCAACGUCCAUCGCUCAGAACUUCAGGAGUGGGAGAUGGUUAAUGAUCUUAGAGCCGAUGUCGCAAAACUUCAGCAAUGUAUGAAUCACAUGCAAAGGAUGUUAGAAGCUUGUAUGGAUAUGCAAUUGGAGCUCCAGCGGUCAGUUCGACAGGAAGUUUCAGCAGCACUUAAUCGUUCAGCCGGCGAACGAGGAAUUGCUGAGACAUCUGAGGAUGGAUCGAAAUGGGGUCACGUUAGAAAGGGAACCUGCUGUGUUUGCUGCGACAAUCACAUCGAUUCCCUAUUGUACAGAUGUGGACACAUGUGUACGUGCUCCAAAUGUGCAAAUGAGUUGGUGCGUGGAGGCGGAAAGUGUCCAUUGUGCCGGGCACCCAUUGUUGAGGUGAUUAGAGCUUAUUCCAUACUGUAAAAACACAUGUAGGAUACAAUAAACGGCUCGGAAAGACCGGAUGGUCUCCGAAGCUCCCCAUGUCUUGUCGAUAG